CACAAUCUCCAAAGUACCAUAACGAUAUAGACAGAGACAAUAAAAACCAUAGAAGGGUUUCUCUGUUGGAAGUUAGACUUGUUUCAGCACUGUGCAGUUUUGUGCUAAACAGUUUGUUAUUCGGUGUUUGUAAAAGACCAUAGAAGCCAUGAAAACUCUGACUUUAUCCGUAGUAGUAUUUUUGGCAGUACAUCUUGGAUCUGCUCAACAACAGUACCAAACCUGGUCAAGAACAUGGACUUCAGGCCCAAAUAUGGGAGGCGGCGGCAGAUUCUUUGAUUUCACGAAGCUAUUCCAGCAACUUUUAAACAACUUUCCAUCUGCUACAAAUAUUAAAAUGAUGUUUAGCAAGCCACCCCCCGCUUCUCAGGGUCCCACGGCUCCUCGUCCCGUCUACAACCCACAAUCCACCCCCCGUAAACCGGUGGAGGAGGUCCGGCGCCAGGGUAGUUCUUUACCCACCCAGCCAUCAGCCCCUCAGGGACAAACCAAUACACCAAGUGUUGCUUUGUGUACUGAGGAGUACAGGCAACUACCGGGACACACGCUGUGUAUGCCGGACAAACCCAACGUCAGCAAGCAGGGCAUGACUGAAGUCGACAAACAGGCUGUCCUUGAUCAGCACAACAGACUGAGGGGUGGGGUCAAUCCCCCCGCCACGGACUUGGUCAAAUUGAAAUGGGACGAACGGCUGGCCGCUGUUGCUCAAAAAUGGGCCAAUCAGUGUGAAGCAGGUCACGACAAAGAAAGGAACAUUCCAUCGAUCGGGAUGUCUAUUGGACAGAACGUUGCCGGGGGGUACCGCUCUUGGGAACAAGCGGUACAGAUGUGGUGGGAUGAAAUCGACAUGUGGACUUACGGCGUAGAUCCAGACUCGUACCUGGGGCCCGGCGGCUGGAAAAAAAUUGGACACUUUACACAGAUGGCCCAGAACGGCACCUAUCUAGUGGGAUGUGGCUAUGCUGUGUGUGACGGUAGUCAAUUCACCCGCUACUACGUCUGUGAUUAUGCUGCCGGACAAUCCAAUUUGGCCGCACCUUACACCAGUGGCCGCCGGUGUAGCAAGUGCCCGAACUUCUGCAGAAACGGACAGUGCGAUUGUGGUGGAAAAGUGUGUUACAAUGGUGGUACCCUAAACCUUAAUACUUGUCAAUGUGAAUGCAUGAAUCUAUACAAAGGAGAAACGUGUGAACAACUGGACUGUCCGGCAGAAGAUAAAUGGGUGUGUGGCAGGGAUUGGACCCCCAGCUACUGUAAACGGUUCACCAACGUCCCCUUUGACUGUCCCUACAUGUGCGGCAAAUGCGGAAGCGGCAGCGGAACCGGAAGUUCAAACACUGCAGCAACGAAAAAACCUGCCUUCGUGUCAGCAUAUGGAUGCAAAUACAGUGGGAAGCGCUCCAGCCUAGCGGAGUGUCGUGCGUACGGUGAGAAUGGAAUGGACAUUGGUCAGUGUAGCAGCAUGGGCGGAAGUAUCGCAUGCGCCGACUGUGACCGGUUCUUCAACGUCAAACGGGACAUGUGCCCCGUCAUGUGUGGGCUCUGCGAUCCUCCUUGCAACGGCAAAAAAUGUGAAAAUGGCGGCAAACUGAAUGUAGACACGUGUACCUGCAAAUGCGAGCCCCCGUACAUCGGAGACAGGUGCCAGCAAGCUGACUGUAGCAAGCCGGACAAAGACCACUGUCCCGCCUGGCCCGCCAGCUACUGUGACCAGUACAACAACGUGCCGCAGGACUGUCCCAAGAAAUGCGGUUUAUGUUAAAUCGGAAAUACUUUAAUUCUUACAGAGAAAUCCAUGGGGUUUUUGUGAACCCCAAGAAGUCAAGUGAUCGCCACGUGAUGUAAAUUUAUAGACGUGUCUAUUAGACAAUUCCUGCAGUGUGAAGACUCGAAAGUGCUUUAUGUGUUGUGUUUUAAUUAAGGAACAUGUUUAAAUAUAGGCAAAUGUUUAUUUAAAUUAAUAUAUAUGUACACGUAUAGUUUACUUAAAUAAAAUACAAAAUAUAUUUACAAACAAAAA